UCCCCGAGCCUCUCAGCCCUGCGCCCGCGCCCUGCGCCCGCGCCCCGCGCCCGCAGCCCGCCCAGGCGGAGUCAGCCCGCGCUCCGCCCGCCGCGCUCCGGGCUCGGAGGUCCGGACUCCGGGCUCGCUGCCUCCCGGGCCGGCUCCGCGCCCCGCACCCCCGCGCCCCGCGCCCCGCGCCCCCGAGGGCGGAGCGCACCAUGCCUCAGCUGGACUCGGGCGGGGGCGGCGCGGCCGGCGGCGACGACCUCGGCGCGCCCGACGAGCUGCUGGCCUUCCAGGACGAGGGCGAGGAGCAGGACGACAAGAGCCGCGACAGCGCCGCGGGCCCCGAGCGCGACCUGGCCGAGCUCAAGUCGUCGCUCGUCAAUGAGUCCGAGGGCGCGGCCGGCGACACGGGGGUCCCGGGGGCGGGCGCCGGUGCCCGCGGCGAGGCCGAGGUCGGGGCCGAGGCUCUCGGGCGGGAACACACUUCGCAGAGACUUUUCCCCGACAAACUUACAGAGUCUCUGGAAGACGGCCUGAAGGCCCCGGAGUGCGCCAGCGGCAUGUACAAAGACACCGUCUACUCCGCCUUCAAUCUGCUCAUGCACUACCCACCCCCGUCGGGAGCAGGGCAGCACCCCCAGCCGCAGCCCUCGCUGCACAACAAGGCCAGUCAGCCUUCCCACGGCGUCCCCCAACUCUCUCCUCUCUAUGACCAUUUCAGCAGCCCACACCCCACACCUGCUCCAGCCGACAUCAGCCAGAAGCAAGGAGUUCACAGGCCUCUGCAGACCCCUGACCUCUCUGGCUUCUACUCUCUGACCUCAGGCAGCAUGGGACAGCUCCCGCACACUGUGAGCUGGCCCAGCCCUCCUCUCUACCCCCUGUCCCCUUCCUGCGGAUAUAGACAGCACUUCCCUGCCCCCACCGCAGCCCCUGGCGCCCCCUACCCCAGGUUCACCCAUCCACCCCUGAUGCUAGGUUCCGGUGUACCUGGUCACCCCGCAGCCAUCCCCCACCCAGCCAUUGUGCCCCCUUCAGGGAAGCAGGAGCUGCAGCCCUAUGACCGCAGCCUGAAGACGCAGGCAGAAUCCAAGGCAGAGAAGGAAGCCAAGAAGCCAACCAUCAAGAAGCCUCUCAACGCCUUCAUGCUGUACAUGAAGGAGAUGAGAGCAAAGGUCAUUGCAGAAUGCACACUCAAGGAGAGCGCUGCCAUCAACCAGAUCCUGGGCCGGAGGUGGCACGCACUGUCCCGGGAAGAGCAGGCCAAGUAUUAUGAGCUGGCCCGCAAGGAGAGGCAGCUGCACAUGCAGCUCUACCCAGGCUGGUCGGCGCGGGACAACUACGGGAAGAAGAAGAGGCGGUCACGGGAAAAGCACCAAGAAUCCAACACAGGAGGAAAAAGAAAUGCAUUCGGUACUUACCCGGAGAAGGCCGCUGCCCCAGCCCCGUUCCUUCCGAUGACAGUGCUCUAGGCUGCCCCGGGUCCCCAGCUCCCCAGGACUCGCCCUCAUACCUCCUGCUGCCCCACUUCCCCACAGAACUGCUUGCUAGCCCUGCGGAACCGGCGCCUACAUCACCAGGUCUCUCGGCCACUCUCAGCCUCCCAGCCCCCUGGGCCCCCCCAGGCUCCUCACAGCAACCUGCAGAGUACACAGGUACAGCAACAGGAAUCUCAGAGACAGGCAGCCUAGCAUGCACAGGACACAUGGCUUCCUCCAGGGGCCCACCCUCUGAGAGGAGACGACAGAGCCCCAAAGCACGUGGAAACCGGCCAGGGGCCCUGUUGGCUCCCUCUCAGAGUCCAGGCCCUGGAGAUUUCAGAGGCUGCACAUCUUCUGCCUGAACAUGGGGCCAUCAAUUCAAACUGCUCCAAGUAGUGGGAAUUAGAUCUGCGUUGUGUCAUUUGAUUAAGGGCAUCCCCUCAUGCCUAUGGCAGACUGGAUCUAUUCUUUUUACCAUCUGUCUUGCUAGCCAGAUGCCCCUCCCUGCCUCCCUUGCUUUUCUGCUAUAGGUCAUAGAUGGACUGGACUGAGCCCAACUGCUUUCCCUACUUCCCCCACCCAACCCCACCACUGCCACACCCUCCCCAUACCAUCUGAUACUUCAUGGACCAAGAACAAGCUGGUUUACCAAACAAUAUGUAAGCAUGGUCACAACCACAAAGCUCAAGACAACAGUGCUUCUCUCUUAAGGGCCUGGAGAAGCCCUGUUUACAGAAAACCAGCUGCUAUCUGUAAGCUGGACCAAAGGAAGCUUCUUGCCACGUUCUUUGGAGCUUACAAGAAGAGGAGUGAAUGGAAUAGGUUAAAUUUAGGCCUAUCACCCUAGCCAACAGGAAUAACCUGACACUACCUUAAAGGCAAGUGUGGGUGGUGAGGGUAUGUGGCUCUAGUUCAAAUUACUCGGAAAUGUUUCCUAAGGAACUCAACCACCUAAGAAGCCCUGAUACCAAAUGCCUCAGUCACUAGUGGCUGCAGUCAACGGUUCAAGUUAGUCAUGGCUCAAAAUCCUGUGUGCAUCCUUACCCGCUCUUGAGAGCCUUUUUCACAGAUCCAGUUCCAGCCUAUCCACAUCAUUCUAGCCAGCUCUCAGACAGUUGUAAGAGGGCAAACCAAACCUCAGGACAGCCAGUGCCUAUCUUCCAGCAUGAAAGUAGGCCAGCUUCAGUUUCCCUAUCAGGCUGCAGGAAGAAAGACUAUUACAACCAAAGCAAGGAGCCCAGAAAACCUCUAGUGGUGGACAUCGGGUUUGCACCACAGCCUACUUUAACCCAUUUCUGAGCCAAGCUUCAACCCUGAGCCUUAAAAAACAAAUCUUUUUUUAAUUUAACUUGGGUUUUUUGCCUCCUCUUCACUGUACAUAGCCUGAGUCCAAAGAGAAAGGGCUAUCCCCGUACCCACACACCCCCUCAACAAAAGCCUUUAGUUCCUACUUCAGCCACUGGCUUCUCAGAAUCCAAAGAUCAUAUGUUCUGGUGUAGUGUUGCAAGAAGUCUUGAGAGAAAAAAGGACCAUUGUAGUAUUCAAAAUAUUUUUGUAUUGUUAAUGCAUAUCACAGAAAAAGUUUUCUGAUAUGAGAAUAAAGAUACUUUUUACUGGGUUUCUUUUUCAAAGCUUGACUGAGGAAUAAGCUGUUUCAGUGACAGAGUAUAACACUCUUUCCUUUUCUUCUCCACAGCCACAAAGUUUAUUCUCUAUUAUGGUACACAUGUUCUCAAGACCUUGAACCUACACAAGCCAGGGAUUGACUCUUGUCAUCUCUCCUUAAGGGGCUUGGGCCCUGCUCCAACCCAGAGAGUGGGGCUCAUGCUAGGUAUAAGUACCCAUUGCAAGCCUUGAUCUUAACCCCCCAGUCCUCUGAGCUCACCCCUGAUGCACGCGCAGGCCAACCUACCCCACUGCUCAUAUGACAAUGGACUGGAAACUGCCGCCACAGCCCCUAAGAAAACCCAACCAGAAAUAGGUACGUAUCAUCACUGGGCUCCAUUUUCCUCUGAAGGCAGAGAUAAAAGACACAAGUACAUAGCCUAUUUUGAGGAAAACAUGAACACACAGGAAUCUUAUAACCUGGUAUCAUCAUAAAAUCCAAAAGAUGGGUAUUUUAAUAGCACCCUUUCCUCCCAAAGACUGUAAGGUACAUGAAGUAUUUCUUGAAGUAGUCAUAUUCUUAUACAAAACUUCUGAAGACUGAUAAAUCUACAAUCUACUUUUUCCACAGCAGUUUCCAUCAUGUUAAAGUAUAAACUUCUUGAGACCCAUCAUGAAUGUAAAAGGUGUCACAAAGCCACCUCAAGAGGUCAGUCAACCAUUAGGUACAAAUGGUGGGCAAGAAGUAUUACAACAGCCAGCUGCUGGGUCACCAUAAUUUAUUGUUAAUUUUCACUUAACAGAGUUAGGUUUUUGGAUUUUAUGUUUAAAAAUAUAAAGAAAGUCAUCUUCCAGAGUAGUGUCUAUUUAAAGUAGGCCACUGAAAGUUGUAAUCCUAGACUUGCUUUUUUCUGCAAGGGUGCUAGAGGAGACCAGCCAUUCUCUUGACAUCUGCCCCAUUUAAAGAAUUCCGCUCUGGCUACUGGCCUAGUUGUUUCAAAAAACAUUUUAACCAAGGCUUAUGCAAGACUGGGUUGCUGCAUCUGAUCUGGUGUCUUAUUUACAGCACAGGGCGGGGGUACAUGAACAAUGCACUCUUUGUGUAUGUGAGGGUAAAGAGGGGGGCUUUGGCAACUUUGUUAAAAUCAAACCAGCCUUUUAAAAGAAACUGACUUCAAAGAGGAAACUCAAAUCUUCCUAGAUCAUACCAGCACAUUCCUGUGAGGGCACAGGGUGAGUUUGAGAGUGUAGCCCCAAAUUCGAUUUCAAAUACCACAGCAGUCCCACCUCAUUUCCAGCCAAAAACACGCCGUUUUCUGAGACAUAAGACAAGACAUCCCAACCUCCUUUACACAUUCCUAGACAACUGGCAGAUUUGCUUAAAAUACAGAUCUUGAUCCCUCCCCUGCUACAGCUGCUCCCCCUGCCCUCCUAGGCUCAGAAGACAUGGUGAGGGCUCAGCCCAACAAGCUAGCAGGGCCUUCCCAAGUCUCCCAACUUGAGCGUGUUUCCCCCUUUACAGGAAGCUCUGUGGCUAGACUCUCUUCUCAACUGUAACAUUCUGGAUGGCCCAGAAGCAAUGCUGCCCAGCUCUAUGCAGUGUACCGUAAGCCUGGCUAGGAAGGCCACAUGUGCAGUGAAGCAGAAUGGUUCUUCACAUUGUUCCAAAGAAUAAGAAAGGGAAUCAGUUCCUGCAUGCAUUUCUACGG